AUGUACGAAGGGAUUGACAACCUGAAAUCCCUUUGCGACCGUGCCGGGAAGACUUUCUCCGGCGGUCCUUCUGCGGCACAGGAUGUGCCGCGUCGUACUGCUCAACCAGACCCAGUACGUCGAUCAUCAGUUGGGAGCGGGGCUCCCAAGUAUCCCAGGACGGGGGAUAGCCGCGCCACUGGACGAGAUAACUCGUCCGACGUCCGUUCACGUCGCGGUGGUUAA